GUACUCGUAUACAACUGAAUUUCUCCUUUGUCUUUAUUAUUCUUCUUAUUUCUUCGUAAAGUGAAAGUGACAUUGGCGUUCCUGUGCGAAGGUGCUGUGCAACCAAAUUCACGAAAAAUUGCAAAUUAAAAUUAAAUUUAAAAAAAUCUGUAUUUAAAUAAAAUAAGAAUAAUUCGAAAAAAUGUCGAAUAAACCCCAUGGAUACUCAAAUCUUGUGGAAUGUCCGUACAAUAGGGCACAUCAGAUUGAGAACGGACGUCGUUUUCAGACGCAUUUGGUAAAAUGCCGUAAGGAGUAUGAAAAGCUGCAUACAACUGAGAAAGUGCAGUGCCCUUUUAAUGCAACGCACUAUGUCAAUGGCCCUGAACAUCAACAUCACAUUGAAAACUGUCCGGAUAGGAUACUCGUGGAUAAAUUCCAAAAUCCAAUUGUUGAUUCCAUGGAAGCAUUGCAGAAAAAAGACCAAAUCAAGAUGACACCACAAGUACAGAGCGCUGAUGAUGAAGAUUGGGAUGAUGAGCCUCCAGCACCAGCGUAUGAUCCACAGAAGUACUGCGAGAGUAACAAUAUUCUCCGUAGAUGCAAUGGGAUGCAACCGCACGAAAGAAAGGCUUUCCGACAACAGGAACACCAGCGAUUGAGUAAUAUGCGACAAUUCAAAUAAGGAUGAAAAAAAGGAUUUGUGUCAGUCAUUUGUGGUUACCGUCUGCUAUCACCAACGGAUUAUGUAUUGUCCUGUUUCAUGUCUACAAGAGUGUUACAUCAAUGUUACAUCAGUCUUACUUCUUAGGCUCAAGUUAGCCUACAAAAAAACUAAAAGAAAAACUCAGUGGCUCAAGAUGUUAUGUAAAUGUGUUUAAGAAUUUAUGUGGCAAUUUUCCCUGAUAACGAAAAUUGUUUAUAAGACUUUGGCAAAACAUCCAUAAAGUGAUCCUUAUACCUAAUUUCCAAAACAAAUAUUGGAAAAUCCUUCAUCACAAAAAUUCUUCAAAAUAAUUCAUUUUAAUUGUUUCACCAAGUCAUUCAUUUUCAUUAUUGCUUUUAUUGCAUAAAAUUUUACAUAAAACGAAUGUAAAUUUUUUAAAAAUUGGAAAAAUAUUAGCUUUUUUAGAGAAAAAUUGAAAAGAUUGAAAAUAUCAUUAAUGCGAGAGCUUAAAAAUCUUUUCCUCUAUUUUUGUAAAGAUUAUCAAGGUUAAAAAAGUUGUAUAAAUAAAUGUCAUCGAAAAAUAA